AUGGCGCCAAACGAUACAAAUAGCCCGUCAGUCGAUCGCGUUGCCGUAAAAGUUCCACCGUUUUUGCCCCAGGAUCCGGAAUUAUGGUUCCUGUUACUUGAAAGUGGUUUUGAAGCGUCGGGCAUUACGCAAGAAAGCACUAAAUUUGGUUACGCGGUCGGCGCCCUGGAUGCGAAAUACGCGGUCGAGAUACGCGAUGUACUCCUAAAGCCCAAAAGUGAGCGGACAUACGAACUGCUAAAACGCGAAUUAAUCAAACGGAUGGGGCCAUCAAAGGAAGAAAACACGCGCCGCCUCCUGGAGAACGGUCCACUUGGGGACCGCAAACCCACACAGUUCCUCCGCCACCUACGAGUUCUCGCCGGGACGGAGUUCCCAGAAGAGGUCCUACAGACGCUGUGGAUGAGACGCUUGCCCACACACAUGCAAGCGCUGCUGGCCGCGCACAAGGACCUCACGCUGGAUAAGAGAGCCGAGAUCGCGGACUCCGUUGCGGAAGCUUAUGGUAACCUGGGUAAAAUAGCCGAGACAACCAUAUCACCCGCAACCCCGUCAUCGACCCAGGAGCAAUCGAGGAUAGACGGAGUGGAACGCACCUUGGCGGCCGUCUUGCAAAAGUUUGCUGCAAUUGAGAUCUCCCCAAUAUCGCAGCCUCAAGACCGUUCGCGACCGGACUCGCGGCCAGGCACAUCACCAGCAUCGCGUUCGCGUUCGCGAUCGGGAUCCCGUGAUCGAAUAAAAGGCGACAGCGGUAUUUGCUGGUACCACUGGCGUUUCGGCGACAAAUCAAGAAGAUGCGACAAGCCGUGUAGGUACAGUUCCCUACCGGCGGGAAACGCCGAGGGCAGUCGCAAAAAAUUCCUCAUCGACACCGGCGCCGAUCUGUGUGUGUUCCCGCAUGCCCUGCUACCAAAACCGCGUACGAAGUCCGCAUAUGAACUUUCCGCGGCAAACGGCACCGUCAUCGCAACGUACGGAACAAUCACGUUGUCGUUGAAUUUAGGCUUACGACGCGAUUUUACGUGGAGAUUUGUUGUCGCGGACGUGGUGAAACCCAUUAUCGGAGCCGACUUCCUGGCUCACUACGGACUCCUGGUGGACAUAAGAAACCAGCGACUACACGAUCAAAUUACCCAACUCACUUCCAUCGGAGAGGUGACUGAGUGUGAGAUCCCGUCCGUAAAAACCAUCGCCGGAAGUUCACCGUUCCACGAACUCCUCCAACGGUUUCCCGAUGUCACACGUCCAGACGGAACCCCUAAGGCGGUGAAACAUUCCACCCGCCACCACAUCGUAACCACGCCGGGCCCUCCCAUUGCGCAACGUCCCCGAAGACUCGCGCCCGACCGACUCCAGGCAGCAAGAAAAGAAUUCGACGCCAUGGUCCAGCUAGGAAUCGCCCGCCCUUCCCAAAGUUCAUGGUCUUCACCGCUUCACAUGGUGCCCAAAAAGGGCGACGAAUGGAGGCCAUGCGGAGAUUAUCGUGCCCUCAACGCGAGAACCUGCCCCGACAGGUACCCGGUGAGGCACAUCCAAGAUUUUGCGCAAUCCUUACACGGCAAAAUCAUAUUUUCAACGAUCGAUCUGGUACGCGCAUUCAACCAGAUCCCGGUCGCAGAAGAAGACGUUCCGAAGACUGCCAUUACCACCCCAUUCGGCUUGUUUGAAUUUCAAUUCAUGACGUUCGGCUUACGUAACGCAGCGCAGACGUUCCAGCGAUUCAUGGACGAGGUGUUGCAGGGUCUCGAUUUUUGCUAUGCAUACAUCGACGACAUCCUCGUCGCAUCCGCAUCACCAGAAGAACACCUCCAGCACUUGGAAACUGUGUUUCAGCGUUUGAGAGAGUACGGCGUCGUUAUCAAUCCCAUGAAAUGCGUCUUCGGCCAGCCAGAGGUCAAAUUUUUAGGAUAUCUCGUUUCCGGCGCAGGUACACGUCCACUUCCAGAAAAGGUCGAAGCAAUCCGCAGCUUCCCGCAGCCAAAUACAAUAAAAAAGUUGCGUCAGUUCUUGGGUAUGUUGAAUUUUUUCAGAAGAUUCCUACCUAAGGCGGCAGAGACGCAAGCACCUUUGAACGACCUCCUCCAGGGCAACGUCAAAGGAAAAACUCCGGUCAACUGGACACCAGCAACGGUGGCCGCAUUCGAGGCGUGCAAGGAGAGCCUCGCCGGAGCCACAUUAUUGGCACAUCCCGAGCCAAACGCACCAUUAGCUAUUUUUUCGGACGCGUCAGAUUUCGCCGUCGGAGCAGUCCUCCAGCAGAAGGUCGACGGUCACUGGCAACCGCAUAUGGUAGAGGCGCGGUCUUUCACCAUCUACACAGACCACAAGCCAAUCACGUAUGCCUUUCAGAAGAAGAAUACCGAGUCGAUUCAUCGUCUAUCCCAUCCAGGCGUUAAAGCCACCGUAAAACUGGUGACGCAACGUUACGUCUGGCCAUCGGUCAAAUCAGAUUGUCGAGAAUGGGCCCGCAACUGCGUAGAAUGUCAGCGUUCGAAAAUCUCACGCCAUGUCUCUUCGCCCAUCGGUACAUUCUCGCCACCAUCAGCGAGGUUUGAGCACGUGCACUUGGACAUAGUAAUUAUGCCACACUCAGAGGGUUAUCGUUACUGCCUUACCAUGGUAGAUCGGUACACCCGCUGGCCAGAAGCCGUACCCAUUAGCGACCAGGAAGCAGCAACCGUGGCACGAGCUUUUUACGACACAUGGAUCGCACGAUUCGGCACUCCGCUACGAGUAACCACCGACCAAGGAACCACUCAUUUGAGAACUACAGCGUACCACCCCUCAGCCAACGGAAUGGUUGAACGCCUACACCGACAGUUAAAAGCGGCAAUCAUGUGCCACCAGAAUAAUCGCUGGACUGAAGCCCUAUCCACCGUCAUGCUCGGCAUUCGAGCAGCAUGGAAAGAAGACUUCCAGGGUUCCUCCGCGGAGCUCGUAUAUGGCCAACCUCUCCGCCUGCCCGGUGAAUUCCUAGGCAUCCCACGCGACGAAAACAGCGCAGACAACAGCACCCCAAACUUCGUCAAAGAGUUACGUCAACACGUGCGUAACUUGAAGCCAUGUGAGGGAACACGACAUGGAGCAAAGAAGACCUUCAUUUUUAAAGAUCUCGCCACGUCCGAACAAGUUUUUGUACGCCACGACGGUCCCAAGCAGCCGCUUCAACAGCCAUACGACGGUCCGUACAGAGUCGUAAGGCGAUCGGCGAAAACGUUCGUCGUCAACAUCAAAGGUCGAGAUGUCACCGUUUCAAUAGAUCGGCUCAAACCCGCGUACAUACUCAGUGACGACACGCCCACGUCAGAGUUUGGCCGCGACACUACGAGGACGACGCCCACAACAGACGAACCAGCGCCCUUCGCAGAUCAACCCCACGACGACGACGAGAUGCCAGCUUCCACAACGACGAGGACCACGAGGUCAGGAAGACGGGUGCGCUUCCCUGAGCGCCUGCAAAGCGGUUUUUCAUAAAAAAAAAACACUAGCAGGGGGGUACUGUAGGAACAACCGUUCCCACAAAAUUAGGUGUUCUACC